CCGGAUGCUAACAGCCGUAAAGAUAAGUAUUCUCUCCAGCAUCGACAGCGAGCCAACUCAAGUCCAAGACGUCGACCCGGUGGCGUAACAAACGACUGCUGCGUCUAGCGACGACACACCCAGAGCAUUCGACGGCGUGGCAGGAGCGUGACGAGCCGUGCUUCCGUGUCUGACUUUCUUUCUCACUCGACUACCACUCUAGCUCGAGCCGUUCGCUUCGUCCGGCGCUUGCACGCGGAACUGCGGUGGGAAAUAGCAUCUCGGUCGUCGUCUGACGACGCAAAUGGCCGAUUACUCGGAGCUGAAGGUGUCGCUGAUGACCAAACGGUCGCAGGGCAAGAGCAGAAUGGGCCCGGUCAACUACAAACAGCGCGUCUUCGUUCUUACACCGCAUCACCUGUCGUACUACGAAGGAACAGUCGAGAAACGAGGAACCGAGAAGGGCUGCAUUGAUAUACAGACUAUCAGAGUCAUCGAGGCAGUGGAUGAGGUCGCCAUCGGGAGACCGUUCACUUUUCAAGUUGUUCACGACGGUCUAACUUUGUACAUAAUUGCCAGUGAUCAGUGUGAACAAGAAGAAUGGAUUGGGCUGAUACAAGAAGAAUGUCUUCACUGUCAACCCGAGUCUUUGAGUCGACAAUAUCAUCCCGGUGUGUGGAAUGGGAAGAAAUGGACUUGCUGUGGUCAUAGCACGAAGAUAGCUCAUGGUUGCAGACCGACGUUCAUUAUGACGAGAAUGCAGGCAAACGACGGGCAGGUGCUGUCCAAUAUGUCGAAUUCUCUACCUGCUCUACCCAGUGUUCCUUGUAUGAAUGGGGAUGUUCCUGAUGCUUAUCGUGGUCCGCAGACUAUGCCUCCGCUGCCAGUGCCGCCAACACCCGACACAACGCAAGGAUUUGAGGUCAUGGCCAUAUACGACUAUCGGCCCACGGAGUCAGGGGAUUUGCCUCUAAACAAGGGUCAGCGGGUACUGAUCAUUGAUGAGAGUCGGGAUCAUUGGUGGAAUGCUCGAAAUGAAUACGGGCAAGAAGGUUUUGUUCCAAGCAAUUAUGUUCGGAAAGUCGGUCUAGAGAGUGAAGAGUGGUUUCAUCCAACGCUUAACAGAGUAGAGGCUGAGGGCAUUUUGAAAUCAGAGGGAAAAGAAGGCUGUUUUGUAGUUCGAGACUCUAGUAGACCGGGAAUGUACACUCUUUCUGUGUGCCAUGCUGAUGUUGUCAGGCAUUACCACAUAAAGUGUGAUGAACAGAAUAAGUAUUAUAUUUCUGAUCGUCAUCGGUUUAAUGAGAUCACUCAGCUUGUUGAGUACCAUCAACACAACGGAGGAGGUCUUGUAACAAGAUUACGAAACCCACCUUCCUCAUUGGCGCCAAGUACUACCGGUUUUGGACAUGAACUCGACAGAUGGGAAAUCAAUCGUGUGGACUUGGAACUAGGCCGUGAACUGGGUAGUGGUCAGUUUGGCAGAGUGGUAGAAGGUAUCUAUCGUGGCCAGACUCCCGUGGCUGUAAAGAUGAUGAAAGAUGGCUCUAUGCUGGAGGAGGAUUUCAUCGACGAAGCGAAAACGAUGAAAAACUUCCAACAUGACAACCUUGUGCAGCUUUAUGGUGUGUGCAUUCAAGGUGGUCCACUUUAUCUUGUUACAGAACUCAUGAUCAAUGGUUGUCUAUUGAACUACGUUCGGAAGAACAAGAGAUUAGCAGAGCAGACUGAUAUAGUUGUAUACAUGUGCACACAAGUGGCAUCAGGAAUGAAAUACUUGGAAGAAAGACAAUUUAUUCACAGAGAUUUGGCUGCAAGGAACUGUCUCGUUGGUGAGAGAAAUCGCGUGAAAGUAGCAGACUUUGGCUUGGCGAGACACGUAUGGAAAGAUGAUGAGUAUACAGCGACAGAAGGAACAAAGUUUCCGAUUAAGUGGGCGGCACCAGAAGUCAUCAACUAUGCAAAGUUCAGCAGCAAAUCAGACGUCUGGUCAUUUAGUGUUCUGAUGUGGGAAUUGUUUACGGGUGGUAAAACACCGUAUCCUACUUUUAGCAAUGCACAAGUGCUACAGGAGGUCUUGGAUGGCUAUCGACUUGAAAAACCAAAGAGUUGUCCUAUAGAAGUAUACAAGUUGAUGCAAAUAGCAUGGAGAGAGUUGCCAGAAGAACGACCAUCUUUCGAGUAUCUGUAUCGUUGUCUGAAAGACAUGGGUGAAGAUUACAGUGAGGAGUAGCUAGUAGAUUUGUUAAGAGAGUAGUUAGAUAAUCAUUGUGAUUACUCUAACUGUUUGUAAAUUUGACGCUCACAAUGAACUCUGCAGUGGGCAAUUUUGUAGUGGUUGCUAUGUCUACUCGUAUACUGGGGUAUGAGGUGGACUAACUGUUUUCUAUGAUAUUAAAUAACCAGAGAGAAUUUAUUCUGUGUCUUCUUACAUCGUGUUGCAGAGAGGUUGUAUCGAGUUAUUCUUGUGGUUAAAGGUUGGUUUUG